CGGGAGGCCGAGGGCGUCGGGCUGCGGACGGCGGCUCCAUGAGCUGCCAGGUGACGGUGCUGUACUUUGCCAAGAGCGCGGAGCUGGUGGGGCUGCGCUCCGAGAGCGUCUCUGUGCCGCAGCGGAUCACAUCCCUUCAGCUCUGGGAAGAGAUCGUUAAGAUUCAUCCCAGGCUUGCUGUCAUCCGGGAGCAAGUGGUUUUUGCUGUUCGGCAGGAGUACGUGCUUCUUGGAGAUCAACUUCUGGUCCUGCAGACAGGAGACGAAGUUGCAAUCAUCCCACCAAUUAGUGGAGGCUGAAUCUGUGCAAGUUCUGAGAGACUUUCCUGCAAAGCAGGAGCCCAUUUGCCUUAGAAAGAGAUCUUCCCAUGGUAUUUGCACUUACUGUUCUCUCAGCAAGUCUGCUG